UUUUGCGUCUUCGUGUGCUGUGGUUUGUGAAGGUUUUGUUUCCUAAGGAAGGUUUGCUUUAUCUGUAUAUCUAUGAUUUUAUAUUUUGCUUGAAGAUUAAGAAAGGUAGCAUUCUUUUUGCCUGAGGAGAAGCUCUGGAAAGUAAGCUCAAAGAAGUGAGACCAGUGGUGGAAAAACACCCUAGUUCCCUCCAGGCCGGUCUCCUGGCCAGCCAGGCUGGGAGGGGCAGAGUGGACGUUGUCCUGGAAAAAGAUGCUUCAGUGAGCGGCAGUCACAAGUACCUGCAGUAACAGUUUCGUGCAAUAGAAAUGGAUUUGAAACCACCCAGACUUGAGUCCAAAUUCCGGCUUCAACAUUUAAAGCUAUGAUCCUGGCGGUCAUCCUGACGUAUCCUGUGCUCAGGACCUUCACCCUCUGGUUCCACUCCUCCCUCACCAGGAACCAUGUCUCUGGCACUUACUCCAUUGUUUUUGUCAACUGUCCCAAUGAGCAAAUUGCCAAAGAUGUUGGCAGGGCCAUAUUGGAUAAGAAAUUGGCUGCUUCUGUGAACAUCUUGCCUAGGACGUCGUCACUGUACUUUUGGAAGGGAGAAAUAGAAGAAUCCACUGAGAUCUUGUUGCUAAUAAAGACAAAGACUUCCAAGGUCUCCAGGCUGUCCACCUAUGUGAGGUUGGCUCAUCCUUUUGAAAUCCCAGAGGUCUUCAGUAUUGCCAUGGACCACGGAGACGCUCGCUAUCUGAAGUGGCUGGAGGAGGGCAUGAAGGAGAACUAAGCAGAGAACUGCUGGCUGCUGAGGCCUUUCCUGACUGCUCUGGGAGAAGCCGGCCUCUGCCUCCCCAAGGGUUCCUAACAGCACAGAGGUGACCUGUGCAGGCCCAAUGAAGGGCUGAGAAUUUCAAGGUGUGAAGUGAAGGCCAGCCAGGUCCGCAAGAGCCAAGUGCAGCCUGUCUUGGAGUGCUGUGUAUUUUCAGGCAGCCAGAGGGUGUGAGGGUGAGGAGCGGGGGCAGAGGGGUGGUGGUAGUGAGCGCACUGGGCCUACUACCAUAAGUGCCCGGAUGUAAUCACUCCUCUGUUUCUCGUGGGGACAGAGAGCCUUUCUCACCUGUGUGUGUGUGUGUGUGUGUGUGUGAUGUCUUCCA